UUCCGGUCUUCAAAAUUAAACAUGAACUCGAGGCGGAUAUUUGAUUAAAAGGUCGCUACUCGACACAGUUCACUUGCGUCACACCGACUAUUGGUUGAAAUAUCAUUCCGCCACGGUCCGAAUUUAUCCACUUUCACCUCCGUGGAGUGAUAAGACUGAAAGCAUUUGUAGCGGUGCAAGCUUACCGGCGGCUAGCUGGUAGAGGGAAUGGAGAAAGCGAAAGAAGAUGCAUUCGACCACGCCAGACUUGAAGUGAUCAAAGAUGGCUACGACCGGGGCUUUGAAUGCAUCAACAAGGCGCUGACGGCCGACGAGGCCGGAGACAAGCGUCAGGCUUUGGAGCUCUACGGGAAGGGUCGGAAGCACCUCCUCCGGGGUAUCAGUGUGCCCUCGCAAGGUGGCGAGUGCAGGGGUGCCUCCUGGGACUCGGCCCGGGAGAUGCAGCGGAAAAUGCAGGAGACGCUGGACAACAUCACCACGCGCCUCGCCGCGCUGGAGAUGGCCGCCGGCGAUCAGCGUUGCGUCUACCCGCGACUCCCUGUCGAAGAUGGAAGUACGCCCACAUGUCCGCCGGACCGACCCCCUGCCUAUUCCCCCCGAGCGGCCGAGGGCCAUCUAUCUAUCUCAUACGGGACCGAGUCGGGCGAGCUGUCCUUGGUGGGCGACGACUUCUACAGCCGGACGUCCAGCGCCGCGUCGUCCCCGCAAAGCGCGGGCGAGGAUGCGGAGGAGCUGCUGUGCAUCCCGCAAGGGGUGCAGAUAUUCUUCGUGACCCCCGAGGGCCACGUGAGCGCCCCGUCGUACCCGGGCUACCUGCGGUUAGUCAAGUUCACUGAGACGGCACCUGGCAGACCGCCGGCGUUUCUGCAGGUGUGCGACUGGCUGUAUCCACUCAUGUCGGCAAACUCGCCUGCCUUAUUGUGCAACACCGGCGUGUUCAUGUUCCCCGACAUGAUGGCACCAGCGCCGGGCCACUUCGUGGGCGUGGUUCUAUCCUCCGAAUUGCCGGCCACCGACCGAGAGCUGUUCCGGGAUCUGCUGGAUCAGAUGACAGACCUCAGAGUGCAGGAUGGGGACGAGGCCUCCGAGCACAUCAAUCUCGGCAACAAAGUGUCCGUCGUCACACCUGCUCGGGAACCGACCGAGGGCGCGGCGGUAGCGGAGGAGGACAAGAAUCUGCCCGAGUGGAGCGAGAAGGUCGCCAACGGGAUUCUCACUGGGGCUUCGUGGUUGAGCUGGGGUCUGGUCAAAGGUGCAGAGUUAACGGGCAAGGCUAUCCACAAGGGGGCGUCCAAGCUCCGAGAGCACAUGACGCCAGAAGACAAGCCCGCGCACGUCAGCCCCACCGUCACCAAAGGCCUCCACGUGGCCAAGCAGGCCACGGGCGGCGCUGUCAAAGUCAGCCAGUUCCUAGUGGACGGCGUCUGCGCCGUGGCCGGCUGCGUGGGUCGGGAGCUGGCGCCGCACGUUAAGAAGCACGGCGGGAAGCUCGUUCCCGAGUCCAUGCGCAAAGACAAGGACGGGCGCUCCAACAUUGACGGGGCGAUGGUUGUGGCUGCCAGUGGAGUGCAAGGGUUCGCCACCAUGUGGACAGGUUUGGAAGUGGCGGCCAAGAACAUCACAUCGAGUGUGGCCUCUGAGACGGUCACUACAGUCAAACACAAAUUUAGGGGUCUACAAAACCUCUUUGACCCACCUAACAGCAACAAGUACGGCGCGGCGGCCGGGCAGGCCACAGACAAUGCGGUCAACUCUGCCAUCAAUGUGGGCGUCGCCGCCUUCAACAUCGACAACCUGGGCGUCAAAGCGGUGGUCAAACGGACGGGGAAGCACACGGCUCAGGCCAUCUUGGAGGACUACAAGCUUCAAGAACCAGAGAAUACGCAGAAACAAGUGGAGAAAUCCAGCAAGUAGCUCCAACCCUCAAGCACCCUAAACCACUUUUGCCUUAAAGUUCUAAAAAUUGUGAUUACAUAUCAUUUGUAUUGACAAGUAAUUGCUUUCAUACCUAACUUAUUAACAGUUAAUUGUAUUCUGUGAAAUAAAUCUACGUAAUAUAUAUUAUAAAUUAUACUAAGUCAACUUUUCAAAGUGUAGCAGAAGGAGGGAGUUUAUUUUCUCAAAUCCUGUGUGUAAAGUUUGUUAGAAUUGCGGUUAACAUUCCUACUACUGAUAUUUGUGCCUAUAACUACUAAUGUUUUGAAGCCAUAAAAAAUAUAUAUUUUCAAACCAAAGACGAAAAUCUUACUGUCACUUUCAUAAUUUGGUCAGAAAUGUUGAACGGUUAUCCCUAAUUUAAAUGUAGAUCUAUACGUGUGAAAGUACAUGUUAAAAUGUGACUGCAGUGCUGCUAUAUUCAAAUCAUUGUACUCAAGACUAGAAACUUUUGUCGUCGAGUCACAUGGUUGUUAACUUCAAGUUUAUUCAAACUGACUAAUCGGCACUUUUCUGUCUGAAAAUGUGAAUUAACUUAAGCCUUUUCCGCCUAAUUAGCAUGUGCGGGCUAAUAACUGCAUAUUCUUGGGCUGAUAUGUAAAUUCUGACAUGAUGCUAGUAAAUUACUUUAUUACUCUAUUCUUUGGAUGAUGUGGUGUUAAUUAGGGCUGUCCCAAACGACUAAUUUUCUCCCGAUUAGUCAGACGACUAUUUUUACGAUUAGUCGACUAAUCUAAUAAUUAAAAAAAAUAUUUUUUUUUUGUUUUCUAAUUUAGCAAUGAAAUUUUUGUUGACGCUUAUCAAUUCACAAAAAACAUAUUGGAACACUUAAAUUAUUUAUUAAAGUACAAAUAAACACGUAAAUAACAAUAAUAAAUCACAAAUAAACAAUGAGUUCAAAUGCUGAUAGAAUUAACUAGUGUAGCAUCCCGAUUGAAAAGAUGGUCUCUUAAACUGAUGGUUUACAACUUUUAUUCCAUCCUUGAUGUAAUCACACUGUAAAAGCUACGGUGCACACAAAUAAAACAACACAAUUAGAAAUUAACGAAAACUUUUCACCUUUUUCCUUUUAAACCUUAUUUAUAUAUCAAUGAAUUGCCUAUAUGAAUUGCCUUUACCUUAAUUUAUUACCUUAUCAUUAACAAUCUCUCCCUUAAGUGCAAUCACUGUAUAUACUGUAUAUAUUUAUGACCUUUUAACCUUAUAUAAUUUUCUAUACCAUAAAAUAAACCAUAACAUGAAAUAAACCUUUCAGUUAGCAUUAAGAACAAUACUAAUAGCACUUAUAGGCCCAUUGUCAAUGAAACAUUAUUAUUUAGUAAGGCGACAGCACCCUCUGGUGUACAAAAAAUGGAGAAAAAAAAAUAAAAAAAUUACAAACUGGGUUACGGCGCUUGAGGUGUUUAUUCACGGCCUACGUGCAGCCAAGCUUGGCAUUGAAGAGACAGGACGGAAGAGUGUACGCUCCUUUGUUUCUUUGAAAUAAGUCAAUGUUUUGGACACUGUGGUGCGCUUUUUUGGCUUUGUGCCGCUUUCCCCGCUUGCAUACAGAGCAUCUGACAUUCUGAACUUUCCGCGCACAUAUUUUUUUAACCCUUCAUUAACCGUCGACGGGAUGUUGUGCUCGUCGACGGAUUUACGUCAUCGAUGACGUCGACUAUGUCGACUAGUCGGGACAGCUCUAGUGUUAAUGUGAUAUUUGUUGUCUAUAGAAAAAACUAAAGAUUGAAUGCUUUACACUCAGCCUCUGUUGAAGUGUUAGCCUAGCAUAGCUAAAGUUACCUAGCUGGCUACAGAAUUACAUUUUGUUGUAGUCAAUCUAAAUGCAAGCUUAAUUCAAUUUUAGAUGAAUGCUUUUUAGGUGUUUAUUUAGGAGAAGAGGGCUGGUGUUUGUGAAACCUAAUAUACUUUAUUUGACCUCAAAAUCCAACUCUUUGAAGCUACUCGCUACUGCUAACCUUUACUGUAAAGUUACCCAAAAUAUAACGCAAUGUACACUGCUGCUGGCCAAAAGUAUUGGCUCAUUUUCUCCCAAAAAGUGAUUGCAAUUCCAAAUGCUUUGGUAGUAAUAUCUUCAUUUGUUUUGCUUGCAUUGAAAAAAAAAAAACAAAGGAGAAUGGGGGGGGAUUUCAAUCAUUAUCAUUUUCCACAAAACUCCAAAAAUGGGCCAGACAAAAAUAUUGGCACCCUUUGAAAAAUCAUGUGAUGCUUCUCUAAUUUGUGUAAUUAACAGCCCCUGUUACUUACCUGUGGCACAAAACAGGUGUUGGCAAUCACUAAAUAGCACUUUCAGCCAGUUGAAAUGGAUUAAAAUUGACUCAACCUCUGUCCUGUGUUCUUGAGUGUACGACAUUGAGCAUGGAGAAAAGAACUCAAGACUCGGGAAGAAAUCUUAAGGCUACAGGUCCAUCUCCAAAGACCUGAAUGUUCCUGUGUCUACCGUGCGCAGUGUCAUCAGUAAGUGUAAAGCCGAUGGCACUGUGGCUAACCUCCCUAGAUGUAGACGGAAAAGAAAAAUUGAAGAGAGAUUUCAGUAAAAGAUUGUGCGGAUGGUGGAUAAAGAACCUCGACUAACAUUCAAACAAGUUCAAGCUGUCCCCCAGUUCGAGGGUACAACAAUGUCAACUCGUACUAUCUGUCGGCGUCUGAGUGAAAAGGGACUCUAUGGUAGGAUACCCAGGAAGACCCCACUUCUGAACCAGAGACAUAAAAAAGCCAGGGUGGAGUUUACCAAAACCGACCUGAGAAAGCCAAAAAUGUUUUGGAAGAAUGUUCUCUGGUCAGAUGAGACAAAAGUAGAGCUUUCUGGGGAAAGGCAUCAACAGGAAAAAAAUCGAGGCCUUCAAAGUAAAGAACGCGGUCCCCACAGUCAAACAUGGCGGAGGUUCCAUGAUGUUUUAGGGUUGCUUUGCUGCCUCUGGCACUGGACUGCUUGACUGUGUGCAUGGCAUUAUGAAUCAUUUUCUGGGAGAAAUUGAGCCAAUACUUUUGGCCAGCAGUGUAGCUACAUGUUUACGUUUUGUUGUAGUCAAUCUAAACGCAAACUUAAUAGUCCUAAAAAGCAUUUAUCUCAAAAAAGAAUUAUUUAGGAGAAGAUGUGAUUCGCUAACCGGUGUCUGUGAAACUUAAAAUAAACUACUUAAAAAUCAACUCUUUUUUUAUACUUUCUAGUGCUAGCCUCAAUCGUAAAGUUACCCAAAAUAUAAUGCCAUAGAUUUCAUAUAUCUACAAUUUAAUGGUAUACAUUGGUAUAAUAUAUUUCACGUUUUACAUAUAUUGAUAGGCUACGUGAAAUUGGAAUGAACAGUUUCACUUGUAGAGCUGAAGUUAAACAAGCUACACUUUUCAAGUUAAGUAUCUAUUGGGGUCCAAUGUAAAUUUGUGUCCUUUCAAGUUAUCAGAAUAAUUAACUGACAAUCGGGGGUUAAUUUGUGCCGUAUCCCGCCGGAACAAGAUCCGGCACCUCUUCAUUUUUACCUCCCAUUGUUCCGGGACUUAUUUGGGCAGAUCCGGCACCUCUCGUGUAUAGAAAAAAAUAUGCAAAAACGUUUUUUUUUUUUAAAUGUAUCAAAUAAAAUUAUAAUAUGCAUAAAUUCAUUUACAGCACAAAUCCCAAGAAUUGCAUGUUGUUUAUGAAAAUUUUAACGUCAUUUGAACGAGUCGGAGAUUUGUUGAUACACUGAAAAGAUGGACCAACAAUUCACGCCCCUGACAAAAACAAAAAAAAACCUUUGGGAAUUCGCAGCAUCUGGGGGGCAAGCAGCCAUGAUCAAAUGAUAUUUCAACAUGGCAAAAAGACAGUUGCAUUUACCUGCCUUUUUUCAAGAAGAAGAAAGAUGGUUCAAAACGAGUCAGAAAAGCAACAACCGGGUAUGAGGGCAGCUGUAGCGAUCAUGCUAUCGGGCAGGACCGGGUGCAACAGGAGGCUAGCGCCGCAGCAGCCAGCCAGGUUCACGGACAGUCAGCCAAGCCGGGGCAGGAGGCUGCUACCGUGGCAGAGGGUGGUCAGGUUGAGCGCCACCCGGAGUGGGGGCCAGCUACAGCGUCACAAGUCAGCCAGGUGGACCACCAACAGCCGGAG